CGCGUAUCGUCUGAACCGCAGCAAUACCUAUCGCCAGGUUGCGAUGUGAUUCAGAUCAUCAUGCUCGGCCCUCGCAGAAUCUUUCAAUCUCGACCGCGCUGUAAUGCAACUCAGUUGAAGUCAGUGCAUCUCUCGAAGACCCGUCUGUCGCGCCAUGCCAGCACUAUUGCCCAAGCAGAGCUACCAGCAGCCAAGUCGAGGUGGCCACGGCGACUGGCCUACGCAGGAAUAUUUGGUGGAUUAGGGGUCGCCGCUGGCAAAUGGAUGGAUGAGAAGGUCUCGGCACCCGCAGUGCCAGGAACAGUGGAAGACGCAGCCAAGCUAGAGGAGAUCAAUCACGUAUUCGAGCACGGGCUGCCUAUCGUGCAAGAACUAAGAAACAAUCCGGACUACGUGGAAUCGAAUGCAUACGAAGGAUUUUCGGAGGAGGACAAGGCGCACAGAUUGACGUCUGGACCGCUGCGUGGGAGUCGGGGGUUGGCACUCCAGAGAGUUUUCUAUAAUGACAAGGAGAAGAAAGUCAUUAGUGUGGUAUACCUCGGAUCGGGUCUGGAGGGUUGGCCAACGGUUGUCCAUGGUGGCGCUCUCGCUACUGUGCUUGACGAGAAUCUGGGACGUGCUGCUAUACGCCAAUUUCCGGCACGCACCGGCGUCACAGCCAAUCUUGAGAUCAACUACCGCGCUCCGGUAUAUUCAGGCAACUUUUACACAUUUCACUCGCAGGUAGACCCAGAAAGAAGCACUGAGCGCAAGGCGUACGUGACUGGUGAGAUCCGCGACCCGGUCGGGCGAGUGUGUGCGCAAGCCUCUGCGAUUUUCGUGGUUCCAAAGGGAUUCAGGUUACGGGAGAUUGGAGAACGAUUCUGAUUUUCUGAUCCGGUUGAUUCGUCGGAGACAAGACUGGGACAUGCCGUGAUGUCGACGAGACCUUCAAGCCCGUACAAUUGGAUAGAUGCUCAGUCAAUGAUCGAGAUUUCCCUGCUCGAUAUAAUUGAAUACUAAGUCUAUCUCGGGGCUAUCGAAGGCGGAUUGCUCGACUUGUCGCCUAUCUCUUCUCGCUAUGCAUAACAUGGCGCUCAAUGGUCCACUAACAGGAUAUUAUUUUCAGUACGUACAUAUCUAGCUCGAUAGAUCGCGAUCGUAUGACAGGUGAGGCUGUUCCGGAAUAUUUCGAAUAUCACUCAAUUCAAGUUGCAUGAGCUCUUGGAACAGGCAUUUUGACACCUUGGGAGACAUUAAUGGGGCCGAUAGCGGAAACUGGGGAAAGUCCGGGGUAUUGACUUUUGGAGUGGUCCACUUGGCCCGAUCAAAUGGGCAGACAAAUGAAAUGACCGAUUUAUUUUCGCUGG